AUGGGAUUGAAACUCAAAAUCCAAAUAGGAGUCUUAGUCCAAUUAAGCAAUUUCAUUGAAAAAAAGAUUGAAGACGAAAAAAUAGUUGAUUAAGAACUAGUUGAAUACUAAAAAUAAUUAAGCAGCAGAGCUGGGUUGCAAAAUAUUAAUACAGACGAUAAAACAUCUAAAACUGCUGAUAAAAUUGCAAUAAGAUCAAGAAAUCAUUUCGAUUCUUCGAAUCCAUAUCAACAUUAAGGAUUUACUGUAGGCGGUGCACAUAUAACUGAAUUAGAUAAAACCAUUAAAGGUUCAAAGUUUCAUUAAAGAAAAUUUUCUUAAGAUAAAUUAAAAAAUGAACAAUAUUACUUUCAGACUAAAACUAAGACACAAGAGUUAUACAGAUUCUCAAAUUAUGACUUAAAUAAUGAGGAGAUAGAUUUCUCAUAACUUGAAAAGUACCAAAGCACGAUUGAUAAUAAUGCUUUGGUUUGGUAAGAGAACGAAAUUAGAAAUACUGACACUGUAUAUUAAAAGAUGAACUAUGAAGCAAUUAGAAACAAAAAAGACUAGUUUAAAAGAAGGACAAAAAUAGUUUGA